ACGCGGCUGAUUAAUUGACGACCAAUGAGUGGCCUGAUCACGAGCUGAUCGUUCGAAGCUCGCUGCGCGCUCUGCCAAGUGCACAAAGCAAAUCCGGGGUUGGUGGGGCCAGCGCUCCGAUCCACCUUACAUCAUGCACGCUGUGCGGGGAAGCUCUCAAGCUUAAAAGCACAGGUACCACGCGCUCACCAAAACCUGUCAUUCCGUUUACUCUCUUUUCAUCAAAAUGGCUUCCGGAUGGUUCGGAAAGUCAAACGACACGCCCUCGCGGCCGCCUGACAUCCAGAUUAAGAUUGCGGACCGAGAGCCUAAUAACUUUUACCUCCCCAGCUCCAACAGGACGCCGCCGGCUCCUCCAGUAGGCACCGUCGAUGCUACCCACUCGAAGAACCACGUCCAAAGUGCUUCGUUGUUCGAUGUGGGCAUCCUGAAGGAUACGCUGGCUCCGUCGCUUGGCCUGCACUCCGGCCUCGCAGUCAUCGCAUGGGGCGCUGCUCGUUAUACGGGGCGCGUCGAAGCCAAGGACUGGCUGUGGCCCAGCGGCCAGGUCGUCAAUGCCUGGUGGUCUGCCGUGGGACGCCGAGUGUACCAAGGAAUGACCCUUUCGGGAGCUCUCAGCCGUCUCUCCUGGCAUGAGCGACUCAUUCUGUCUGGUGUUACUCUCUGGGGCGGGCGGCUCUUCUACCGUGUGGCCCGCCGUUCUAUUCAGCGUGGAAAGGAUGACCCGCGAUACGAAGAGGUCAAGAAAGAAGAGGGUUUCUGGAACAAGUCGCUCUUUACGACGUUCAUCCCCGAGGCUUUCUUCCAGAUGCUCAUCAGUCUCCCGUUUACUGCACCUUUCCGACAUGAGGGAGCGGUGCUCACUGGUUAUCAUCCUUGGGUGCAGAUGGCCGCUGUGGGCUUGUUCUCGACUGGUCUUGCGCUUGAGUCUUUGGCCGAUUACCAGCUGGAUCAGUACAAGGCUCAGGGAGGAUCCGGAAUCCUGAAGGAGGGAGUUUGGAGCAUCGUUCGCCACCCCAACUAUCUCGGCGACGCCUUCGUCCACCUCUCCUUCAUCGUCCUCCUCUACGGCUCCGACAUGCUCGCCCCGGUUGAGCUCCUCGGCCCUCUCGCCAACUACCUUUUCCUGCGCUAUUUCGGCGGCGAUAAUCAGAAGGAGAGCUACCAGACAAGGCGCUACUCUGCGUCACAGCCGGAGAAGUUUUCCGAGCUGGAGAAGUUCCGGGAUGAGAAAAAUGCGUUCUGGCCCGCGACUAAGGAGUUUGCAAACAAGUGGCUUUGGACCGUGGUCGGAAUUGGAGGUGUUGGUGUCGCGAUUGAGGAGACACUGAGGACGUUCCAUUAGGAUGACAUGAUGUGUAUAUUCACGGUAGCUAAAUCAUUCGGCAUCAGGCUUCUCCGUUACGAUUAUAAGCUCAUGGAAACUUAAAUCUAAUAUUUUCCGUCGUAAAACACGAUCCUCAUUUGUAUAUACCUCCUUCCGCAUGUUUUCCUAAAGAUAUCUCCACCAAGAACCCAGU